AUGUGUUCUAAGAAUUAUUUCAUCCCUUUUGAUCUUUGUUCUGUCAUCUAUGAACUCAGCCUCCUCCUGAUGGCUGAAGCGAAAGGGAGACCCCGAAAUAGCUCUUUGAAGCCUCCAUCCGUCCACGGUAAGGCUGGUGCAAGCGCUGCCAUUGCCCGGCCCUCCGGGCUCGGCCAUUGGCUGCCGGGACAAGUGGGGGCUCGGCGACCCGCCAAACCCAGCCCCGCGCGCCCGCCGAUUGGCCAGGGCUCUUUCUCCCUGGUGCCGAGCGCGCUUUCCCGCGGAGCAGCAGCAGCUAGUGAGCGAGCGAGCGAGCGAGCGAGCGAGCGCAGCGAGCGGCUCCCAAACUUUUCCCGGUGGCCGCGCUCGCUGGUGAACUUGGCCGUGGGCGGGCGCGGAGGAGGCUGCCUGGUCAGGAGACGCCUCGGCCCCGCGGCUGCGACAGUAGCGGCGGCGGCGGCGGCGGCGGCGGCGGCAGCAGCCGGAGAGGGCACGCUCGCCGAGAGAGACUCCUGUGCAGCCGCAGCCGCAGCCGCGGGCCGUCCGGCCGUCGGGCCGUCCCUGCCGCCGCCGCCGCCGCCGCCACUGGCCCGUGGGCCCGCCGCCGGCCCCACCGAGCCAGGCCGCUGCCGCUGCCGCUGCUGCCUGCGCCGCCGCUACCGCCACCUCCCGCCUCCAGCGACCAUGUGGCACUUCUCCACCUCGGCCAUAGCGCCCUACUCCACCAACUUUCUGUUGGUGCCUAUCCCCGAGUGCCCCGGGCCGGUCUGCCCACCCCCGGGCAAGGCCAUAAAGAUCGUGGUGCUGGGGGCCAGCAGUGUCGGCAAGACUGCCCUGGUGGUCCGCUUCCUCACCAAGAGAUUUAUUGGCGACUAUGAGGCCAACACCGGUUCCUUGUACUCUCGACAAUUCACCCUUGAUGGAGAAGAAAUCUCUCUCCAGGUUCAGGAUACCCCCUAUGUGGCCAUGGAGGAGAAUAGCGAGGUCAUCAUUUGCCAGGAGCAGGUGAACCGCUCCAUCUAUUGGGCAGAUGGUUUUGUGUGUGUCUACUCCAUCACUGAUCAUGCUAGCUACCGCAUCAUCCGGCCUCUGUACCAGCACAUCCGCAAGAUUCAUCCCAAUGCCAACAUCCCCCUGCUGCUGUUGGGCAACAAGGGUGAUCUGCUUAGGGCCCGCCAAGUGUCCUCGGAUGAGGGGGAGCAGCUGGCUGGGGAGCUGGGUGGCAGCUACUCGGAGGUGUCUGCCCGGGAGAAUUUCGACAGCGUGAAUGAUGCUUUCCAGCAACUGUGCCAGCUGGUGGGCCGUGUCGGGGGUGGCGGCGGCAGCCCCAGCGUCGGCCCUAGUGCUAACGCCAACGCCAACGCUGGUACCUGCGGCGGUGUCUGUGUGGAAAAGCGCAGGGGCCUCCACCUGGCCCGCCCCAAGUCCCCCAACAUGCAGGACCUGAAGCGGCGCCUGAAGCAGGCCCUCUCCUCAAAGAGCAGAUGAAGACACUGGAGCUCAGCUGCGCAGUGACUUGUGCAGGGUCCGAUAAGGAACGAAGCUGGGACGAGGACCCGGGAUGCAUUACUGAAGCCAAGGCUGAUAUAUUAAAAUAAUAACUUUAACCUCA